AAGGCGGGCGCGGCGCGGCGCGGCGGGGCGGGAGGGGACAAGAUCAGGACAGGAGGCAAGCUAAUCGAAGAGUCCCGUACAUCCAGCAAAAUGUUGUCCUGGCGGCUGCAGACGGGCUCCGAAAAGGCCGAGCUUCAGGAACUCAAUGCUCGGCUUUAUGACUACGUGUGCCGGGUGCGGGAGCUGGAGCGCGAGAACCUGCUGCUGGAGGAGGAGCUGCGCCGCCGGCUGAGCCAAGAGAACCUCUGGAUCGAGGACCAGACGCGCUUCGCCGAGGAGGCGCGCAACCUGCGGCAGCAGCUGGACGAACUGAACUGGUCCACAGCGCUGGCCGAGGGCGAGCGCGAUGCGUUGCAGAGGGAGCUGCGGGAGCUGCAGCGAGAGAGCGCGGAAGCCAGCGCUGCCCGCAGCCGCCUGGACGCCGAGCUGGGCGCGGAGCGGCGGGAGCUGGAGGAGGCCCUGGGAGCACGCGCCGCCCUCGAAGCGCUGCUGGGCCGGCUGGAGGCUGAGCGCCGCGACUUGGACGCGGUCCACGAGCGCCAAGUGCGGGAGCUCCGUGCCCGCGCCGCCAGCCUCACCAUGCACUUCCGAGCCCGCGCCACCGGCCCCGCGGUGCCCCCGCCGCGCUUGCAGGACGUGCAUGACAGCUACGCGCUCCUGGUGGCCGAGUCGUGGCGGGACAAUGUGCAGCUCUACGAGGACGAGGUGCGCGAGCUGGAGCAGGCGCUGCGCCGCGGCCAGGAGAGCCGGCGCCAGGCGGAGGACGAGGCACGGCUGUGUGCGCAGGAGGCAGAUGCGCUGAGGAACCAGGCGCUGGAGUUGGAGCAGCUGCGCGCUCGACUGGAGGAUGAGCUGCUGCGGAUGCAAGAGGAGUACGGGAUUCAGGCCGAGGAGCGGCAGAGAGUGAUUGACAGCCUGGAGGACGAGAAAGAAGCCCUUACCUUGGCCAUGGCAGACCGGCUGCGGGAGUACCAGGAGCUUGUGCAGGUGAAGACCGGCCUCAGCUUGGAGGUGGCCACCUACAGGGCCUUGUUGGAAGGGGAAAGCAAUCCGGAGAUACUGAUCUGGAGGAAGGACAUUGAAAACAUGCCUCAAGAGUCCAGAAAUGCAUCCUACCGCUACACCAGCUCAGUCAUUCAGAGGAAAAAUGAGAAAAAUCUAUUUCCCAGGCAAAAUACACCGUGGGCAGCUGUAAAUCAUAGCUCAGCUCUGUAUUCUACAAGGCCAGGGCACCUUGAAUCACAGACAACCACGGCCGUGGAGAGUCCUGCUAGAAGGGGCUUCCUGACCUCUGGGUAUUCUUCCUCGGCUACAACCCUGCAGCAAAAAUCCCUCGAGAAAACUGUCAGUGGUCAAGCCAGUCUCAGGCCUGCUGUUCCAACCUCCGGCCUUCUGAGAAACACGGAUGCUCAAGUGAAAACAUUCCCUGAUAGAUCCAAAGCCGAAGGCACCAGGGACACCCCUAUACGGGUGACCACAGAGUCCACUGUCACCAGAGAGUCACACAAAGAUCACCGGGGCAACGUGGCAGCAGGUGCCAUGAACAGCGCUCAGUCAAAUGACAGAACUGUCAUUGUGGGAAAGAAAUUAGAAGUGAAAGCCACUAGGGAACAAGAAAGGGACAGAUCAGGGGUCGUCAAAUUAAAGCCAGAAGAGAAGAUGUUUGAUUCUAAGGAGAAGGGCUCAGAGGAAAGAAACUUGAGAUGGGAAGAGUUGACCAAGUUAGACAGAGAUGCAAGAGCGAGAGAAAGCCAGCAGAGGGAUGAGCCCAAAGAGAAGAAAUCACCGAAGGAGGGAAGUGUGAAGGAGAGGGAAGUACCCAUCAGUCUAGAAGUAUCCCGGGGCAGCAGAUCAGAAAUGUCCAUGAAAAGCUUGCCAUCAUCUGGAAGGAAGGAUGCUGGGGCAGAAACGAAAGAGACCAAGUUCCGGUUGGAUACCCAGGACGCUGCCAGUUCCCUGCAAAGUGAUUCUAGGACAGAGACCAUAGCUGAAAACAUUGUCACCACCAUCCUUAAGCAGUUCACUCAGGCUCCAGACGCUGAAGGGAAUGACAGCUCUUUGCCAGACACAAAGGUCACUUACGUGGACAGGAAAGAACUCCCCGGCAGUGGGAAAACCAAGACAGAAAUCGUGCUGGAGUCGAAGCUGACAGAAGACGUUGAUGUUUCUGAUGAAGCCGGCCUGGAGUACCUUUUAAGCAAGGAGGUCAAGGAAGUGGGACUGAAGGGCAAGUCAGCUGAGAAGAUGAUAGGAGAGAUGAUCAACAUUGGUCUGAAAGGAAGGGAGGGGAGAGCCAAAGUCGUCAAUGUGGAGAUCAUGGAAGAGCCCGUGAGCUAUAUGGGUGGUGGGACAGCAGAGUUUCCUACCCCCUUCCAUGUGGAAGAAGUCGAUGAUGUGUCUCCCAGCCCCAAGGGCUUUGUUGAGGAAGAGGAUGGUCAUGAAGAGACCCAUGAGGCAUUCUCGGUGCAUCAACGUCAAAGGACCAAGCAGCCCCAGGGGAGCAUCCCUCACGUGGAAGAAGUGAUGGAGGCAGGUGACUCAGAGGGAGAGCAGAGUUACUUUGUGUCUACCCCAGAUGAGUACCCUGGGGGACAUGAUAGAGAAGAUGAUGGUUCAGUGUAUGGGCAAAUCCACAUAGAAGAAGAGUCCACCAUCCGGUACUCGUGGCAAGAUGAAAUUGUGCAGGGGCCUUGGAGAAGGAAAGCAAGAGAUGACACGGAGAAAGAGAAGCACGUGAAGGUCCUGGAGGUUCCAGCACCUUCCCUGGGUGGUGCCGUUGGUUCUGCCCACUUGAAGGAAGAAGCUAGUGGCGAAUUGCACGCAGAACCCACAGUCAUUGAGAAAGAAAUCAAAAUACCACAUGAAUUCCAUACCUCCAUCAAGGGUGUCUUCUCCAGCGAGCCCCGGCACCAGAUGGCGGAGGUCAUCGGGCAGCUGGAGGAAACCUUGCCUGAGCGCAUGAAGGAGGAGCUGUCUGCUCUGACCAGACCGGGUCAAGGAGAGCCAGGGAGUGUCUCCGUGGACGUGAAGAAAGUCCAGAGCGCUGCUAGUGGUUCAGUGACCUUGAUGGCUGAAGUCAACCUCUCACAGACUGUGGAUGCAGAUCAGUUAGACCUGGAGGAACUGAGCAGAGAUGAAGCUGGAGAGAUAGAGAGGGCUGUGGAGUCGGUGGUGAGAGAGAGUUUGACCAAGCGCUCCAGCCCAAUGCCUAGAAGCCCAGACAGGGAAGAUGGAGAGGAGGAGGCGUCUGCUGGGGGCACUCUCUUCAAGCGCUGGGCCACCAGGCAACUGUAUAGUCCAUCUAGUGAGAAAGAGGAUGCUGGCUGGUCCUCCCACAGCUCAGAUCAACGCGUUACCCAGGGCCCAGUGUCGGCCACCAUGGAAGUCACCAGCCCAACAGGUUUUGCACAGUCUCAUGUGCUAGAGAAUAUAAGCCAGUCUGUAAGGCAUGUUAAACUAGGCCCCACAGAAAUGUGGGGGACUGAGCAGGCGUCCUACGGAGGACCCGCCACACAGGUGGUAGAGGUAAGUGGGGACUUCCGUGAGGCAGCCAGCUCUGAGGGAGCCAGUCGCUCUGUGAGGCACGUCACUCUGGGUCCCCGUCAAAGUCACGUGUCCACCGAAAUCACCUUCCAAGGCUCUCUGCCUACGGGGCGGGAGGCAGGAGAUACAGGAGAGCCUGGCUCAGCAGAACUGUCUGAGGAAGCAGACAUAUCCAGGGACCACAGAAUGCCCGACUCUGAGGAGUUUCAUGUAGAAAAGGAAAUUCAUUUCCUGGGUCCUGUUUCUGGGGCAGCCCAGGUUAGUAGUAGCUUUGCUACUGAAGAGUUGGAGGGCACCCAGACUUUCGUUAGGCAUCUCCAGUUAGGCCCUAAAGAAGGGUUAAGACAGGAAAUCCAGUUCAUAGCUCCCAUCCCAGACAAAGUGGAGUGGAGGGUAGAAGAGGAUUCUGGGAACACCCAAGUGUCUCUAGGGAGGAGUACUUCCAUCCAGCACAUUGACAUUGGGCCUCAGAGGCACCAAACCUCCAAGCUGAUAGUCCCACAGACACUGGAAUUUAGGGACUCAGAAGGCAUGGUCCUUGUGGAGGGCUCAGCAGGUAUGACCCAGGCCACUCACAGUGUCACCUCGGGUAGAGAAAUUCUCGGGAACAAAGAGAAUACAUUCCAAACAGUCAUUUCUGAGUUCCCUCCAGGUAGUGCGGGGGACACAGGAACAGAGGGGACAGCAGGCACCAGCAGAUCCUUUAAACACAUUCAGAUAGGCCCUGCAGAGAAGGGCCCCUCUGAACACAUUGUCAUCCGUGGACCCCUGUCUAAAACGUUUGUACUCGAUGGCUCGGCGGCCUCCCCUGAGCUAGGUGGGGUAGCUGGUGACAGGAGCACACUAGGUCCCAUUGCACCGGGGCCCAAAGAAACCUCAUUUACUUUUCAGAUGGACGUGAGUAACACAAGAGCCGUCCGCAGCUGGACCCGAGACGCAGGGUCAGAAGUGGAAGCUCGCAGUGUGUCUGAGCAUGGUGGCUGGAGAACCGCUCACAGUAGGAACGAGCAGGUAGCCACCAUGAGCUCUGAGGUCUCCGCUGGGGAUGGACACCAGACCCGGGGAGAGAAAGGCACGGAGCAGGCUGGAUUUGACAAGACUGUGCAGCCGCAGAGAAUGGUAGACCAAAGGUCGGUGGCUUCCGACGAGAAGAAAGUGGCCCUUGUCUAUCUAGACAACGAGGAGGAGGAGGAUGAUGGGUGGUUUUGACGAGCAGAACUAUCUUGUCUUAAAUGGCACUUUGGAAACAUACCGCUAUUCAAAGCCUUUAACGUACCAAUAUACAAAGCCUCUACUAAUUGUACGGAGGAGGGGGAGGCUGGUUAUCAAUACCUUUAUUUAGAGAACCCUAGGUCGAGUCGGUUUGCUUUAGAAUUCAUUGGUAAAGGUUUGAGAUCGACUCUGGCCUUUUAAGGCUUUGAGAUUUUACAAUUGAGUUGGGACUUUUGCAGAUACUUUUUCAUCUUUUAAGUCUGAAAAAGUUCCUUUCUCUAAAGCUUUCUCUCCGCGUGUGGGGAGAGUUUGUGCGAAUUUUGCACCAGGUCACAGGCGUGACUUAUUACUACUGCGUGCUGCUGUUUAUCUGAAGCGAGACACCUUAACAUUUAACCAGAUUAAAAUAAUAUGCUUAAGGGUAGGUUUUGUUUGCAUGUGCUAAUAUCAAACAGUAAGCUAACACUGGGAAGGAAAAUACAUGAAUUUUUCUCUUUCCUAAGUCUUUUCAAAAAAGAAAUUAUAGAAGGAUUGGAGAGAUGGCUCAGUGGUUAAGAGCCUGUGCUGUUCUUGCGGAGGACCUGAGUUCAGUU